AUGAGCGUUGACGGUUUGUUUUCGCAUGCUUUUUGGGGUGAGAAGAACAUGGGCUUCGAGUCUCUUUCUCAAAAUAUGAAGUCCACUUUCAAAAACACUAGCGAGUUUUGUGAUUUCCUUCGUGACGUCAAUACAAUCGAAGAAAAUUACGCAAAAGCCCUUUGUAAACUUUCAAAGCAAGCCGCUUCUUACGGUUCUGCUGGAGGUUUGAAGUUGUGGUGGUCGUUGUUUUCCUCGUUCCUAGAACAAUCUAUCUCUCUGCGAAGUAACCUCGAGUCAGAACGUCUGACUAUCUGGAGAGAUGUUCAAAAGUAUUUGGAAGAGUUACAGAAAAAACAACGAAAUUUAAAGGAGAACGAGACUGGUACGCAGGAAGUUGUGCAUUCCUUCCAGGUUGCUACAACUCAUUUGCAAAAAGCCAAGGAGCUUUAUCACACGCGUUACAAAGAAUACGAGAGGAUUCGUUUAAAUGAGACUCACUCUGCUCGAGAUGUAGAGAAGGCCGAAACAAAGCUUAAGAAAGCUCAAGACGAGUAUAAGUAUUCCGUGGAGAAGUACAACAACCUAAGGCUCCAAUUCGUCGAUAAAAUGCGCCUAUCUUGCAGCCACUUCGAGGACAUGGAAGUCACUCACCUUACUCGAAUGUGUGAGUUUUUUGGUCGAUUUUCUGAAGCUCUAGUCCAGUCCCGCAGCGCUGACCUCUCUCUCGCCACCGAUUUCAACCAACAACGCUCUCUGGAACUCACACCCAAUCAUCUUCUAUUUAAUAUGAUCGAAGAACGUGGAACAGGGUGUCUGGAACCUCUUCCUGCUGAAUUCGAAGAUGUGGAGGUCGCUGCAGCCUUUCCGAACACUACAGCUGAAGCCGGCGGUGGUGGCAUCAUUGAUGCUGGCUUGACUUCACAAUCGUCCACUCCCUGUCCAUCGUGUCUUACUUCUGAUUUGAAUAGUCUUCGUGCUGCUUCCGCCCUCCCAGCUUUCGGUAGUCAGGAAAGCCCAGUAACCAGUCACCAAAGCCCCUUGGAUCCCUCCUGGCAGAGUUCCUUAAGUGAAAUCAAUGGAACGCAUAGCAAUGGGUUGGGUCGACGAGCUGGCGCCAUUUUCCAGCGUCGAAAUCGCCAGAACUCGGCUGGACUUGAGGGAGACACUAAGGGCGCCAGAGAAGAUCAGUAUAUUGUUCAAUAUGCGGCAUGUACAAGUCUAGCAGUGAAAAGACCUCCAAAUGUUGAUUUGGAUGGAGUUCAAUCCAACAGUCCCUGUGAAAAGACCUCCAAGGUAGUACAGCCAUCCACAUCCACUUGUCCCAAGGUGGACGAUGACGGCUACAAUAUUCGUCCAGCUAAUCCGUGGGCCAGUGAGCAUUCGAGACCUCCGUCUUCAAGUUCUAAUUCUAGCAGUGGCAGCAGCAGUCCCAGUGAGAAGACCUUCAAGGGUUUAAAGGCCUUACGUUCAACUCUUCUCACGGGUGAACCAUGCGGCGAUGUGAGUGCGACGCAUCCACCUCUGAAUGAUUCACCGCCAAAAUCGGAGCAACUCAACCAUUUGAUUCUGGGCGAUUACACAGAAAAUUUGACGGGAUGUUUCUUCAGCUUUGCAACAGACCGAUCACGUGCACCGAGUUCAAUGGAUAUUCGACGGUAUGAGGGUUCAAAUCAGGAGGAAGAUGUUUCUCCACCUUAUUUUAACGUCGUUCUCGGCGUUCCCGAUUCCCAUCACUUCUGCACUAUCCAUCGCAAUAACAGCAACAAUGUGCGUUUUCGAGUGGUAUUAGGAACCGCAUCAAUGCAAUGCAGUGUGGACGGCAGCCCUAAGGAGGUGAACAUUCGUCCCUUCGGUGACCUAUCCCCAGGCGCUACUGAGCUCACUCUUCCAACUUCCACACCUCUGACCCCUUUACGUAGUCUCACCUCCUUCAGCGCGCGCGACUUUCGUCGACCACAUACAUCAGCUGACAAGCCUUUUGUAAGCAUCUCUUCUGCCACGUCAGGUAUCGCAGAUGUCGCUGGCGGUGGUGUCAUGGGAACCCGUUCCAUUUCUGUGGCAAAGGCCCCCCUGGUGCCUAUACUACCUCCGCCUCCAGGACAAGAUACGAUUUCCAGUCGACGGGGAGAUGAAUCUUCUAAAGCACCGGCCAUCACGGAUAAGGGGAACGAGGAAUCCUUCAACCCCUUCGGAUUAUUAAAACAUGACGAAGGCACUCCUACACCCAAGGUGGUAGGCAGUUGGGAGGAUACUUUCAAGACGCCUGACGACACUAACGAAACCUACGACCGCUUAAUUGACCUUCGAGAUAACGGUGAUGAGGUUGGGACUGCUUCAAAACCAUCUCAUGUGGCUUCUGCAGGAGCUAAGGUUUGCCACGCGCCACUAGCGGCCGUGGAGGAUGACGACACUUCUACACCUCCCCCACCGACACCUCCGCAAACUUUACAGAUUUUGCGAUUUUCUACCGAGCCCCGUGCACUUCCACCUCCAAUUCCACCACUACCCAUCGCAAUCGCGUUGACCGAGACGUGGAGAGCUCAAUUUCCCAACGGUGGAGGGAGUUCCUUCACCACCACCGAACGCCCAGCCCAAUCACUCUUCGGACAGGUGACUCUAGCUGUGGCUAGGGAGGACCUGCGUCUUCUAAUCCACUCGCAGAAAUGGAGCCUAAAGCCUCUUAUUCUCAUCUUCUCCCGUGCGCAGAGAAUGAACAACGUCCAGGCGCCAUUCAGUGGCGUCAGUAUACAGUUGGAGAGUGGAGAGGGGGUGGGGCAGUAUCAGGUGAAGAUCCCGGGGGACCUGCUGUACCACUACCUCGUGGAGACUCAGAGCAAGGCUGCUGACGAGAAUGAGGAGGAGUACACGCGACUGUGUCUACUAGAAUAUUCAGUCGAGGCGACGGGUCUACCGCCACCAAUAACGAUGUGCACCUUCUGGCGUUGUGAGAAGGGCACCACCGACUUUCGACUGGACUACUUUGUUCAGUGGCCCAAAUGGUCUUCUUCGUCAUCCCUGACCUCCUCGAGGAAUGCUGAAGCAAACAUCUCUGAAAUCAGUUGUCAGGACUUGCGCGUGAAUUUGUUGGUUGAUGGUGGCGUAGCUAGGAUGCAGAGUCGUCCGUUGGGUACCUGGAACGUCGAACAGACUCGUGCAUCCUGGAGUAUUCCUCUAACCACCGGUGAUGCUCAUCAACAGCAACAUCCUGGAGUUGAUGUCUCGGGCAACAUUCGCGCCAAGUUCUUCCUGACCCGCGGUCCCGGAACACCACAGCCCGUUGCUCUGCAAUUCUGUCGUGAUGGUGGAUGUCUUCCUAGUGGAGUUGUUCUUUCCCUCGGCGCGGAAUCCUUGCCAGGAGGCACUGGUAGAGGAGGCGGUGGAUACCGUCUGACCAUGUGCAAGUACCGUCUCCUUGGCGAUCGAUACUUCUGCGAUCCACCGGUGCCUAUAGGAGUGAUGACACAGCGCCUACCUAUCCUCUCUCCACCAAAUUCGAAAGCACAGACUUCCGGUUGA